AAAUGGAUGAACCAAUCUUUUCCCCUUCAUCAUCACGAUCAAGCCUUCAACAUAGACUUCAAUAUAUUUUCAAGAAUCAAACAAAUUAUUAUUCUGAUUGGGCGUAUGCUAUUUUCUGGCAAUCGUCGAAUAAUAGUCUUUCUUUAACAUGGGGUGAUGGCCAUUUAAACAUGAAGACGACGAAUAAUAAAGACGUCGAAUGGUUCUACUUGAUGUCUUUAGCUCAGUGUUUUUCUGUUGGUGAAGGAGUUGUUGGAAAAUGUUUUAGUAGUGAUUCUUUUGUGUGGCUAACAGGGGAUCAACAAUUUGAGUUUUGUCAUUGUGAAAGGGCUAAAGAAGCUCAUUAUGUUCAUGGGAUUAAUACUUUUGUAUAUAUUCCAAUUUCUAGUGGUGUGCUCGAACUGGGCUCGAGCACAGUGAUUAAACAGGACUUGAACUUGGUUCAACAAGUCAAGUCUCUGUUCUUUGGUUAUGAAACAAUUGGUCCAAUUGAUGAUUUUGGUCUUUUCAAUUGUUUGGAACAAUAUGGUCAAGAAGCAAAGAAAGGUGAAGUAGUAGUAGGUACAACACCACAGGAAAACAAAGUUGGAUUUAAGAGCAAGACUUUGAAGAAAAGGGGGAGAAAGGGGAGAGAGAUUUGCGAGACACAAGGAAACCACGUAGAGGCGGAGAGGCAGAGAAGAGAGAAACUUAACUCUCGAUUCUACGCGUUGCGCGAGGUGGUUCCAAACGUAACGAAAAUGGACAAAGCCACAUUGCUAUCAGAUGCUGUAACAUAUAUUACCCAACUGAAAGCUAAAGUGGAUGAAUUAGAAUCAAAACUUCAUAACAAUUACUAUUAUUCAGAGCACAAGAAGAAACACAAAAUGGAAAAUGAUAAUGUAGUGGACAACCAAAGCUCUACCACUUCUUGGGAUCAUACAAUGGUGAUUGAAGUGAAGAUGGUAGGUCAAGAUGCCAUGAUUAGGGUUCAAUCAGAAAAUGUGGAUUAUCCAUCAACAAGAUUGAUGUGUGCUCUUCAAGAAAUUGAACUACAUAUCUACCAUGCCAACAUCUCAAGUGUCAAUGAUCUUAUGCUACAUUACAUACUUGUUAAAGUUCCUCAAGGAUUGGAGACUGAAGAUGAAGUAAAAAAUGCUCUACUUAGAAGCUUAAAGCAAAUAACAUGUUGAUAAUUACCUAUUGGAGACUGAAGAUGAAGUAUGAUCUUCAGUCUCUUCUUUUCAUUUUUAAUCUUACCGUCAGAUCUCUCAAUAACAAUCUCGUAUGCUUUGACA